UCCAGCUUCACACGCAGCUCGCUGCUUAGCGGAGUCACAGCCGUGAAAGUGGCGGAGGCGGACAUUGUUGUGGUAACAGUCCAUCUCCGGAGGAUGAGCACAGAUGAUGAUGUACAUAUUUUGAGCGGUGAGCUUUGUUUGUUAUUUAUUUUUUUUAUCUAAACAAUGAAUCCUUUUUAAAGAAAAAGGGGGGUAAAGCUGCUGCGCCGUGCGGACUCCUGCAGCCACCGGAGUUCAUUCAGCUGAGGCGAGACAAGCACAGCCCGAUGAGACGAUGCCAGCGGUGUAGAAAUCACAACAUCUGCAGGGUGUGCUUGGUCAAGCCUCCGUGGACUCACCGGGCCUUUGUCCAGAAAAGCCCACGGAGCGGCUGUUGCCUUCAAAAAAAACUGCGCGGGGAGGAGAAAUAAGGGCUGCUGUGCUCCCGGAGGCCUUUGGAGAAAGCAGCCUGCUGCUGAGAGGAUGACAGAUUGACAUUAAUAGGGGCUUGCGGUGCGUUUUUCACACACGACCUCAUUAAGGCGUUAUCCACGGAGAACAGCACAAAAAGGGACUGAAGUCACAGCCUUGGAGAUAAAGACAAUCUAAAUAAAGACACCACAUGUUUCUGCCUUGAUUUUACCUCCGGUGAUCAAAUACAUUACAUCUGGAUUACAGCGGAUGCAUGUGUUGAGCAUUAAAUAUAGCCACAUCUCAGCGCUUUUAAUAGAUUCUCAGGUACCCAGAGGUGUCGUUUUUUACUGAAAGAAGAAAAAAUGGGUAGCGAAGGUGAGAUAAUAAACAGAGAACUGUCAAAGAUGUCUGACGAGGACUUGCUGGCGUGCUCCAAAGAGGAGCUGGUGAGCCGGUUGCGUAAAGAGGAGUCAGAGAAAAUAUCGGCUCUGAUCCAGCGCGGUCGGCUUAUCAAAGAGGUAAAUAAACAGCUGCAGGGACACCUCCUCGAAAUCAGGGAACUGAAAGUCAUCAAUCAGCGCCUGCAGGAGGAGAACACGGAGCUGCGGGACCUGUGCUGCUUCCUAGACGACGACCGGCUCAAAGUGAAGAAGCUGGCCCGGGAAUGGCAGCUGUUCGGGCAUCACGCAGCCAAAGUGAUGCGGGAGGACCUGGGCGGGUACUUGAAAAAGCUCGCUGACCUGGAGCGCAUGCAGGACGGGCUGGUGAAGGAGAAUCUGGACCUGAAGGAGCUGUGCCUGGUCCUGGAAGAGGAGUGUGUGAGCAGGAGUGACUCCAGUCCAGGAGGUUCCACCGAGCUGAAUCUGCCCUGCAUGGUGGCCCGGGACCUGGGAGAUGGGAGCUCAAGCACAGGCAGCGUGGGAAGCCCAGACCAGCUUCACCUGGUGUGCUCACCUGAUGACUGAUGGCAGGUGUGUGUCAGCAGCUGAGGACUGGAGGGAGACAAAGGUGCUCUGUCAGAUAGUACAAAUUAAUCUGGAGGAUUAAAAAAAAAAAAAGCAUUAGGGCUUU